GGCCGCGCUCGGGACCGCCCCUUCCGGUCCGUCAGGAGCGCGCCGGAAGCGGGGCCGGGCGGAGCGCGGAGCGGCCCAGCGAGAUGCCUGUGACCGUGGGCCCGUACGGGCAGUCGCAGCCCAGCUGCUUCGACAGGAUAAAGAUGGGUUUCAUGAUGGGCUUUGCCGUGGGCAUGGCUGCAGGGGCGCUGUUCGGCACGUUCUCCUGCCUCAGGAUUGGCAUGAGAGGACGAGAGCUGAUGGGUGGAGUUGGCAAAACGAUGAUGCAAAGCGGUGGGACGUUUGGGACAUUCAUGGCCAUUGGUAUGGGGAUACGCUGCUAGCCUCGAGUCUGGGAUGUAUCCCAGAGUGCCCCUGCCCAGCCAUUCCUCCUCUGUACCAUAAUAAAAUCUUUAGAUACCUGGAA